UUCAUAUUUAAAUUUACCAUAUAUAAAGAUAAACUACGAGUAUCUCGAGAGUACACCGCAUACAUACGGUAAAUGCACACCGAAGUGUAUACGUAUUUGCAUUUUGAAAGUUUAUCCGCGUCCUGGUUUUCCAUUACCUACCAUACAUCGAAAUGGCAACGGAAGUUCAAAAUGAAUUAUUGGACGUAGUUAGCUUGUUACAAGCUCAAAUUGAAGAGGAUAUCGAAGAGCCAACAUUCGAAAGUCCACCGCCACCCAGCGAAGCACCACCAUCCGGUGUAGUUGAAUUAGCCAAAAGAAGUUUAGCAAAAUCGUAUGUUCUUAGAUCCGACGACUCAUACGAGGAACCGGAAAAACCCAAGUCCGUUCAGGAUCAGUUCAGAGAAGCGGUAAAUUAUGCAUCUCAGAUACCGAAGCAGGCACGUUUGGAGCUAUUCAACGAUUUUCAUCAGAAAUGUGCCUCGUAUUUGAUCGACUUCUUCUACAGCAUCCCAUUAUCAGAAUUGAAAAAAGCUAUUAAAUACGCUCAAUCGAAAGCGAAUCCGUCGUUGGUAAAUUAUGCUGUGACGGUAGCGCUUCUUCAUCGUAAUGAUGCAGUCGGAGAAAAUUUCCAAGUUCCGUCUCAUCUAAGUUCAGAGCCUGGAAUGUAUUUCGAUAUGGGUAAAGUUACCGAGGAUAUAAACGAUCCAAAACUCAACGAUGUAAAAGAAGGCGAAGUUCCGAAGAGAUUUGUAAACAUAAACGCCAAUUUCACCGGCACCAAUCUAGAUCCCGAACACAAAGUUGCUUACUUCAGAGAAGACAUCGGAAUAAAUUUGCAUCAUCGUCACUGGCACGAAGUUUAUCCCUUCAAGGGUCACGAAGACAUCAUCAAAAAAGAUCGUAGAGGAGAACUAUUCUACUACAUGCACGAACAAAUUGUAGCCAGAUAUAAUUUUGAAAGAUUCAGUAACGGUUUACCUCGAGCUGCACCUUAUGCAGAUUUUAGAGAACCUGUCAUAGAAGCUUAUUUCCCCAAAUUGGAUCAAAUGUCUACAUCGAACGUAUUUUCUUCCAGACCAGCAAACUGCUCGUUGAACGAUCUUCACAGAGAAACCCUCUACGUUCAGGUUUCCAGCUUGGAACGUUGGAGAGACAGGAUCUACGACACUAUUGAUCGAGGAUACGCAUACGUAAUGGAUAAGGAAAGCAAAGAGGAGUUUAAAAAGAAAAUAGACGAAGAAACUGGAAUCAAUGAAUUAGUUUACUCUGUCGAAGCUGUAGAAAUUUUAAGCUGGAAUUAUAGAUACUACGGCGAUCUGCACAACAAAGGGCAUAUGUUCAUUUCAUAUAUACACGAUCCGGAUUACAGAUUCCAGGAACCUGGUAGUGUUAUGUCUCAUUCGGAGACUGCUCUGAGGGAUCCUAUAUUUUAUCGUUGGCAUACAUUCAUCGACGAUAUUUUUCAACGCUAUAAAAGAACACUUCCAUCUUACACCGUGGAACAGAGACACUUCCAAGGUAUCAAAAUCGAAAGUGUGCAAAUUUUACCCCAAGAACCCAAGCCACAGAAUGAGAACGGAGACGAAGACGAUGGUUCGCCUCAUGUGAGCAAUGUCCUCAAAACAUACUGGGAAAAAGACGCAGUUGAUGUUUCUCAAGGUAUACUUUACGGUGAUACGAAAAAAACAAAUGAAAAGGUUUACGCAGUUUUCACUCAUUUGCAACAUAAGGAAUUCGAAUACGAAAUUAAAGUCACGAAUACCCUCCCAAACGAUGUGACUGGUACUGUGAGAAUUUUCAUGGCUCCUCAUGUUGAUGAAAGCGGACUACCAAUGACUUUCAACGGUCAGAGAAGAAUGUUCAUCGAACUGGACAAAUUUACUGCCCAACUGGAUUCAAAUGUGACAACAACAAUCAAGCGUAAAUCCGUCGACUCUUCGGUGACAAUUCCAUUCGAAAAGUCAUUCAUGACUCUAAACGAUGUGAGAGAAUUGGUCACCGAUAAAGAAAAGAACGAAGCAUUGAAUAAGGCUGCGAAUGGGUACUGCGGCUGUGGCUGGCCCCACCAUUUGUUAGUUGGCAAAGGAACAACUGGAAAAGGAAUGCUGUGCGAUUUAUUCGUAAUGAUCACGAAUUAUGAUGAUGAUAGGGUUGAUGAGAGUCCACUCCACCAGAAAUGUUGCGAUAAAUCAUCGCUCAGCUAUUGCGGAGUACGUAACAAGAAAUACCCCGACAGGAAACCUAUGGGAUUCCCAUUCGACCGAGAUAUCAGCAACGUAUACGCCACCAUAAACGAUUUCAUGACCGAAAAACAAGAAGAUUUUGAAAAACAGAACAAGAAUGAUGCUUCAAAGAAACUACCUCCUCGAUUAUCGAAUAUGAUUGUGGUUCCACUUCGAGUUAGACAUGAAGGUGGCUACCCUAAAUUAGGCAAGACCAUGAAGGAAGCCGGAUAUACAGAAGAAACCUGCAAAAAGUUUCUUAAAGUUGCAGCGUAAUCUGUUUUUUAUUGAGCAACCUGCAAAAAUUUAAGUAAGAUUAUAAGUUUGAGUUAGGUUACCAUUUCACAUGCUGUGUAAAGUUCAUUUUUUUGAUUUAUAUUUUUCAUAUGCUACAUAAUUAUAUUUUACUGAAGUGCUACCCAUAAUUAAAUUUUUCUAUACUGUC